AUGGACUCACCAUCAUUACGGAAGUCAGAAGAAACGGUGCAAGGUCCUCUGCCGGCAAUCCCUUUCACCGUUGUUGAUGCACCGUCCCAACGUUUUUAUGUCUCAAUAAUCUACGCUCUGAUGAUGGGUUGGCGGCUCUAUGAUUAUGCUAGUCUAUGGUCUGGCAAUGAAGAUGGGUUUUGGCUGUUUACCAAAUGGGUAGGCAUCGACACGGCAUUCCUGUACGCAUUGUCUAACCUCAGAAUACCAUGGCUCGAAUGGUCGUCUUCCACCUUUACGGUAUUGUUCGUGGUGCAUGGAAUCUUGAAUUGGGUAUUGAUGUUUCGUGUAUCAAUUCCUCUUUUGACAUGGCUUGGGAGUCUCACAAAAGUCCUUUAUGACAGAGAGGUUGCCGUCUCUGAAAGGCGCGUCAAGCCAGCUUCGAUUUUACACAACAGCUCUCUCAUUCUGGGAAAGCAGAUUAUACAUGUUCUACCCGAAGGAUCUGCAGUGCUGAAUCCAGACGGUGAACAUUUUUGUACUGGUGGUCCCAAGUCCUCAGUUUCUUUGCCAAUUCUGAUCAACCAGACAAUACCGAUACAAAUCGAUCUUUUACGGAUUGAUUCUGAUACAAAUGCAGAAGAGCUGUUGGUGAUAUCGAAAAAGGAGAUCAAGCGGAUGAGAAAGCAGGCCAGCCGAGAAUCGGGGACAACAAUCCGAUCCAACGCCCAGACUCUCCACUUCACAGUCAAGCAGACUGGAUGGUACCGCCUACAACGAGUCGUGGACGAAUCUCACUUGGAAGUGCAGAGAAGACCCUCUGGCGCUGUCGUAGCCCGCUGUCCAACCAGCUACAUGCACUUUGCUCCCAGUCACAAGUGCAAGGGCGAUUUGUCAGAUUUCCGAAUGUCUGUAAUUGGCACACCGCCGGUAAAGAUAAAGUACAGCAAACAAGUCAACCGGGAAGAAAAGGGACACACUGUCCUGAAUAUUCAUCCCGAUAACGUCGUUCCUUCUGCUGCUUUCCAGCGGAGCACCGAAGCGUCUAUCAUCUCUACCAACAGCAUGGAUGCAGGUUGGUCUAUGGCGCAGCAUAUCGAGAUUCCAAUGAAUGAGACUCUUGCUGAGGGUGGAGUCUGGAAAUACAGGAUCGAUGAGGUGUCUGAUGCUUUUGGGAAUGUUGUCAAGUAUUCCGAACACUCUAUGCAAGAAUCAACAUGGUCAAAAUCCUCCAAGGCGCCACUUGAGCAGCACUUUGUUGUUCACGAAAGACCGAAGGUCCUUAUGCAUGACUGUGACUCUCAGCAUCCUUUGAAGCUGGCAAAAGGAAUGCAUGGCUUUUUACCCCUAACAAUUACUGGUGCAGGUUUUGAUUUGCAGCCUGAUGGACCAUACGUAUUGACCUAUCUCUUCACCCCUCAGGAAGAUGUACUCCCACAGCAAGCUCACUCAGGGGCAGCUCAACCGCAGUACGUCACUAUUGCAGACGCUAGGGGCAGUGUAGACAUUCAAGAACCCGGUCUAUAUACUCUGCAUUCGAUCACUUCUGAUCAUUGUGCUGGUGAAGUCUUAGAGCCAUCUUCUUGCGUCCUGUUGAAUACCGCUGAGCCAGAUCUUGACAUCAGUUUCGAGCCUAUCCCUGACAAGUGCGUUGGUAACUCUGUUGGCCUAUCGGUGGAUCUCAAUCUCGUGGGAACGCCGCCAUUCAAGGUCUUUUACACUAUCAAAAAGCCUGACGGUAGUGUUGUGGCUGAGACCUUCACGGUCGAUCAUAUGCACACACAGAGAGACUUGAAACCCUCAGACACGGGACACUAUAUUUAUGAAAUCAUGCAAAUCAGUGAUAGCGUGUAUCAUCGUCCCCGAUCGCUUCAGUAUAAAAACCUGAUUCUGGAGCAAGAUGUUAGGGCUCCCCCUUCCGCGUAUAUUGUACACCCGAACGAUAGACGCAGUGUUUGCCUUGAUCAAAGUGCGAAUAUCAAAAUACAGCUGGCAGGAGAGCCUCCUUUCAAGAUGGAUUAUGAGCUUCUACAUAGUGGCAAGAGAAUGAGACGAGUGAUAAACCAUAUAGCAGAUACCGUUCUUCACCUCGACACAGGUACAUUAGCAAAUGGAGGAGAAUAUAUUCUGGUGCUUACCAGCGUGACCGAUCAAUCGGGAUGUCGAACACCACUGCAGGCAGAAACGAAGAUAGAUGUGAGAGCACAGAGGCCUAAAGCGUCGUUUGGAACUAUCGAUGGCCAAUUCAAAAUUUCCGCCUUAGAGGGUAAGAAAGUUAGUCUCCCCCUACGCUUACAAGGUACAGCACCGUGGACUUUGUAUCAUCGUCGUCUCGAGGAUUCGAGCGGUAUUGCAGGUCCCAAAUUCUUUCGCAGUAGCAAUGACAAGAUCGAAGUUAUGUCAGAGGGUACCUUCGAGCUCAGCGAUGUGCAGGACGCAAUUUGUCCUGGGACAAUAGACCCAUCAAGCAGCCGUUUUACCGUUACAUGGAUCCCACGGCCAAGUAUUGCAAUUCAAUCGGGCUCAUAUGUGGAACGCAUCAAAGAUCGACAUAUCAAGCGAGAAGUGUGUCAGGGCGACGAAGAUGUGACGGAAGUCUGUUUCAAAGGGACACCCCCUUUUAAUUACGAAUAUGAGCAACGACUUAAGCCGAUCCAUGGGUCACAGUCAGUGACGAAAAAGAGAUACAGCUCAGGACUUCACCAGACAUCAAUUGAGAUGGAGACCUCACAAGCUGGGAAUUACGAGUAUAAGCUGUCUAAACUGGGUGAUUUGUCUUACGGCCACGAUCACUGGAAGUUUCAGCCCGUGAUCUUGCAGCAACGGGUGCACGCUCUCCCAACUGCUUCAUUUACCGAAGCAGGUAAAACGUACAAGUAUUGCCAGGAAGAAGAGUCUGGAGGUGAAGUAGUGCCCAUAAAAUUGGAGGGACAACCGCCGUUUCACCUGGAGCUUGAAUUCAAGCAUCACGCACUCUCCAAGCCAGAAGUUGUAAACGUCCCCCACGUUCAAUCGAACUCAUACAACUUACAUAUCCCUCAACGUUUACGCGCGCUUGGCAUUCACAAUGUAAGGAUUCGAAGCGUGCAGGACUCCCGGGGUUGUCAAAGAACCAUAGAUCGAAACGCGCCGCAUGUAAUUGUGCAUGUUGCAGAACUGCCAAGUAUCUCGCCUUUAGAGGAGAGACGAGACUACUGCGUUGGCGACAGGAUUGCGUUCGCGCUGUCUGGAACGCCACCAUUCAGUGUCUUCUACAACUUUGAGGACAGAGAGCGAAAAGCCACAGUCCCGGAUACAACCUUCAGACGGAUCGCAGAGAAACCAGGCGAUUUUGUGAUUAAAGCUGUCAGCGACCAGAGGAGUACUGAAGUUUGUAAAGCUAGAACAGAGCUUGUCAAGACCAUCCACGAAAUGCCGACUGUCAGGGUAAGCCAAGGAAGAGUGACAACCGUGGACAUUCAUGAGGGCGGCGAAGCUGAGAUCUUGUUUGAAUUUGGCGGGACCCCUCCUUUUCAUUUUACCUAUACGAGAAGCACUAUCCCACACCAGAGCAAGAAGCCGAUGGUCUUGGAAACAAAGAAUGAAGUCUCGUACGAAUACAGCAAAACUGCUCGUGCAUCGGACGAGGGCAUGUACGAGGUUGUAGCCAUCAGAGACAAGCACUGUUCCUUUUCGACACAGCAAGCUCAGGGCAAGUCCGGUCAAAAGAUGAUCCUCAACCGGUAG